ACAGCGGGCGGCAUAGACGCUGAGCUAAAGAAAAAUGUGUGUUGUUGUUGGGGGCAAACAAACAACAAUGCCACGGCUAGUCACAAUGACAACAGCAAUAACAAUAGCAGCAACAACAUGCUGUGCAGCGGCGGCCGAGGCGAUGGCGACAGCGGCAGCGACCACGCCGACUUCAAUGAAGCAAAUUUGUGAGCUUUUAUAUCAGUCUGCGUUUGAACGUGUAACGAAAAAGUUUCCAGAUAUUUUUGACUCCCAAGUGAAAGUGGCGAAGAACGAAAAUAAGAAAUUGAAAAGUGAUCUUAUAUAAAUUUAUGUACAUAUAUCUUAGAGAAGCGUAAUACAUUUUUAUAAUUAUAUAAACAAAAAUUAAUUUUUUUUUUAAUUUUUGUGAGAAAAAUUUCUAAUUUGCUCUUCGCAAACACUAAAUGGCAUUUUAAUUACAACAAGUGCAACUGCAUCAGUGUAGGAUUGCCAGAGCAUCGCUUACUGCGUACAUCUACUGCAGAGAUCGUCAAGACACCCACGCAAUCGACGCCGCAUUUGAGAUAACUUAAUUUUGCAAAAAUAAGAACAAGAAAAACAUCUCAAAAAUUGCGGUGAAUUUUAUGAGCAUCUUUAAUUAACACAAACAUAGGCACAUUUGCAGUUCAUAUUUAAUUUUCCUAGAGCAAGUGGCGUUGCAAAGAAUUUGACUGCGCCGAUUUUGUGUGGAAUUCAAAAAAGAAACAAAAACAAAUUAUUUAUGAGAAUUUAACAGCUGUUAACGGGUUGUGGUGAUUUAAUAAAAACAAACUUUGCUGGAAAAGCUAAAUAAACUGCAAGUGGAUAAACAAAAAUACAGUGGUAACAUACAAACCUAAUAAAAUCGUAAUAUAAAUAAACAACAACACACUAGCAAACCACUAGACGUGAAAAUGGGCUGCGCUACGACCACCGUAAAAAUAUCGUCGAUUAUCUUAAAUACACUUUUGGCGCUUUUUAGCAUUGCCGCCAUUGUGUUGAUCGCCGUCAAUCCGGGCUCGGUGCCAGAUGACUGGGACAUACCCGCCUACAUCAUCUUCGGCUUAGUCAUAUUGUUCGCCGUUCUAGGCUGUGUUGCUGCAUUGCGUGAGUCAAUUUGCCUCACGGUGACCUGCGCCGUUUUCCUGUUGUUGUUGGCAAUUCUACAGAUCGCCGUUACGAUCAACAUUUUGAAUGAUCGUCAAACGCAGAGCGGCAUUGCCAUAGUAGAGGACGCUUGGGAUCACGAUAAAAUUGAUGCUUUGCAGCGGGAGUAUGAGUGCUGUGGCAAGGACAGCUCACAGGAUUAUAUACUGUUGAAUCGUCAGAUACCGCUCAGCUGCUAUGAGAAUCAAAACGAUGCGGAUGCAAAUAAUAUCUACACCGAAGGUUGCAGUGCCAAAUUGCAGCAAUACUACGACAGUGAGACCACGAGUAUCGCUGCGGCGUCGUGGAUAAUUGCGGCCAUUGAGAUAAUUGGCUUUUUGCUGGCCGUAUUUUUGGUCAUCAAUUUCCGCAAUAAACAAAGACGCAUGCAGUUCUAAAUUGUUGCAGCGCUGGGUGUGGUUCAGUACAAAUUUAUCACGAAUGUCUCGAAUAUGGAUUGAUGUUGCGCGUAUAAUACUCUUGUAUUCUGCUUGAAGAAAUUGCCUUUUCAUUUGUGCAAUUAUUGUAAUUUAUUUGUUGUGUAUUUAUUGUAUUCAAUACUCAUUGAUAUGGCUUCUGCAGAGUAAUCGAUUAAAUUAUAAAAAUACAUGUGAUUAAGAAUUUGUUCAGA